GGUGUUUAUUAUCUUGAUGCUGCUCCUUUUUCUCUAUAUUAAUAAGAAGUUCUGUUUUGAAAAUGUUGGCGGGUUUCCGGAUUUGGGUUCAGGAUACGGACCAAGGAAGAAUUCACAAGAUAAAAUCUGUAUAGAAUAAAAACCCAGUAGUAUUUGAGGUGAAAACAUUGCCUUGCUGCUAUGAUAGCUGUGGAGUGGGAGAAAAGGUCGCUACUUUUAAAGCAAGUGGUUUGAUUUUUCUUUUUUUUUUUUUCUUUUGGAAGCGUCUUUACUUCAAGAUAGUUUUUCCAUUGCAUAUGCAUUUAUAGAAAGAUCAAAAGCCACAGGUGAAAUACUAAUAUUGAACUAAUGAGUAGCACCAAUUAAGUACAUGUUGAAUUGAAACUCCACGUGCUUGAUAUUUUGAGAAGAAAAAUUAGGAAUAAAGAAUUAGAAAAUGGCAUUUUUCAGAAACUUCCAGCAGAAUCUGCCUUCCGUGUCCUCCCUGGUGGACACCAUCAGUAAUGCCGUGGAAGAUUUGACUGCUGCUGUGGGGGACGUCGGCUGUGCUCUCACUGGCUCAGUUGCUGAACAGGUAACAGGUAUGAUCAGUGGCUUUCGCCCAGAAGAGGGAGGCUCUGCAGCAGCUGGAGCUGUAGAUGCUUCUAGACAAGGAAGUGCCACGUUACCAGAAGUCUACGAAAAUACUAAUUGUCAGAAAGCACAACUCAAUUUAGAGCACAGAGCCGAUCAGAUAAAUUGUUAUAAUACUUCAUUUUCACAAAAGCAAGAUCAUGGAAUGAAUGAAGGCGUAUUUAAACAUAGUAAUAAUAGGCAACAGAUGGUAUCAAAAUAUCAAGGAACCCAUGAUGCUAGUGAUUCGCCUUUGAAAGGUGGGAUGUCAGGUAUCGAGCCGAGCAGAGGGGCUGCAUCUGCUUGUCAAGAACUUGAAAGUACUGACAGAUGUAAAAAAAACAGAUUAGGAAUUUCCAGUCAUGGUAAGCAUGGCUUAAAAGAGGUAAGAUAUCAAGAAACCAAAGAACGUUGUUUAAAGAAAGCCGAAAAGCAUACGAGUAGUAAAGGAUCCAGAGAGAAUGAGUGUUCGGGAAAUGAGUGUUCUCCAAAAGAAAUUUUGGAGAGCACUGGACAUGCACAGAAAGCCAUUAGGAAAGAGGACAUACAUCCAGCACCGUCAGCUAAUUCUAAAGCUAAGUUACGUGGAAAAGUCAAAGAACAAAUAAAUCCAACAAAAUACUGCAGAGUGAAAGGAGACAUAAAGGCAAAUAAAAAUGAAGCCAUUUCUGCCAAGAAAGGAACAGUAAAGAGUAAAGAUGAAAAAUAUUCUAAGCUAAUGCCAGAAAAAGAUAAUUCCUACAUGGACAGAGAUGAGCAUGGUUCAUCCUCCGAAAGUGAAGAUGAAGCACUGGGUAAAUACCAUGAGGCCUUAUCCAGAACACACCAUUCCAUGCUACCACUGGCAGAUUCGCGACAAAAGAACUGUCCUUGGGAAACAAGGCAGAAAUACAGCCCUCUUUCCGCAGAGUAUGAUGGGUACAGUAGUGAGGCGUCAGUAGAUGAAGGAAACUGCAUCCAGAGAAUGCGGAGAACACCCCCCCUGGAUGAACUGCAGCCGCCACCGUAUCAGGAUGACAGUGGGUCUCCCCAUCUCUCAUGUACACCCUCAGAACUUGGGGACAGUAAGUGUGAAUUUUCCCACUGCAGCAACAGCCCAAGAUGCUCAUAUAACAAGUGUCCGAGUGAAGGAAGCGCAGGUCAUGAAAUAGAAAGUUUUCGUAAUAAAGGAUAUGAAGAAGACGUUCCAAGUGACAGCACUGCAGUCCUGAGCCCCGAAGAUAUGUCAGCUCAAGGCUCAUCUUCACAGCUUCCUAAACCUUUUGAUCCUGAGCCAGAAGCUAAAUAUGGCACCCUGGAUGUGACUUUUGACUAUGACUCACAAGAACAGAAGCUUCUGGUAACAGUGACAGCUGUCACAGAUAUCCCAACAUAUAACAGGACAGGUGGCAACUCAUGGCAAGUACACCUUGUUCUUCUACCUAUAAAGAAACAGAGAGCAAAAACCAGCAUCCAGAGAGGACCAUGCCCUGUCUUCACAGAAACAUUCAAAUUUAAUCAUGUUGAAUCUGAAAUGAUUGGAAAUUAUGCAGUUCGGUUUAGACUGUAUGGUGUACAUCGCAUGAAAAAAGAAAAGAUUGUGGGGGAAAAGAUUUUUUAUUUAACAAAAUUGAAUCUUCAAGGGAAAAUGUCAUUACCUGUGAUAUUGGAACCUUCUUACAAUCAUUCUGGCUGUGACUCCCAAAUGAGCGUGUCAGAAAUGUCCUGUAGUGAAAGCACAUCCUCCUGUCAGUCUCUCGACCAUGGCUCAGUUCCAGAAAUUCUCAUUGGCCUGCUUUAUAAUGCCACCACUGGAAGACUCUCGGCAGAAGUGAUAAAAGGCAGCCACUUCAAAAACUUGGCAGCAAACAGACCACCCCAUGGACUGUUCUGUUGUCUAAAACACUUGAUAGGUGGACAGGUUUAUAUAAUCCGAGAUACGUAUGUUAAGUUAACUCUACUGAAUUCCAUGGGUCAAGAAAUGUCCAAAUGCAAGACAUCGAUCCGCAGAGGGCAGCCAAAUCCAGUGUACAAAGAAACUUUUGUUUUUCAAGUGGCCCUGUUUCAGCUCUCUGAUGUGACACUCAUACUGUCUGUGUACAACAAACGCAGCAUGAAAAGAAAAGAGAUGAUAGGCUGGAUUUCUUUAGGUCUCAACAGCUCUGGAGAAGAGGAACUCAAUCACUGGACUGAAAUGAAGGAGUCGAAAGGACAGCAAGUAUGUAGGUGGCAUGCGUUGCUAGAGUCGUGAUGGCUGGGCUCAAGGAGCAGGGACAGCUCAAGGCAGCAUUGUCGCUGCAGGCAGCACUACGGUGUCUCCCUGGCCACCGUUAGAAGAGCUAUUCUUUGAAGCAUCGUCUCUAACACUCCGCCAAGAGGCUUUCAGUUCUGUGGAAAGAACAGCUAAUACUGACAUGAAUGAAGCAGAGGUGUGUCUCUGGUAGAACUUGUGUGAGAAAAAUGAGAAACUUACAUCAUCUUUGCUAAAGGAACCAAAUGCUCCCGGGCUUUAAGAACAUCCUUUUGGUGUGACGUUAACUUUCCCUUAGCAAAAGAGCCAGUAAUUUCAUGAAAAAUCAGAAUUUUAAAUGAUUGUGAAAAUCAGCAUUAUUGGUUGCACCCCUCUUUCCGUAUCACCCUAUGUCAGAUAUGAUCCCCCAAACAUAUUUGGACUGGCUCGCUCCUGGGGUGUGCAGGGUUCUUUAAUACGAGAAAGUCAUCCUCCAGCUCUCUCCCCCAGCAGAUCUAGUGCUGAAGGGGUUCAACCACAUUGAAAAUCCCUUUGUUUCCGAGCUUCUCCCUUUGUGCACUUCGUUUCGUUGUGCCUCCGUUCUUCUCAGUAGCACCAAAUCUAAGUGCAAAGCAAGUAUUCAUUUUCGUAAGGGAAUUUUUUAAUGUAUUAUUAAAAAAAGAAAAAGCUCAUUUCUUCAAUUGCCUCUGCUUUUGCCUGAUCCAAAGAGACCAAGUCACAGCACUGGUCCCUUGCAAGUCUCUUAGACAGGUUGUACUGUAGAACCAUGUAACUUUCUGUUGAAAGCACUUCCUGUAUUCUUGUAUUCCAAUGUAGGAAGCUAAUAGAGCAGGACUUUACUUUAAAAUCUCUUUCAAUGAUUGACUCUUUAAAUUGUAGUGAUGUGAAGAUGUUUUUUUUUUACAACCUAAAAACUAUAGUGAAUAAGCUGUUGAAAAUUGAAAGCAAUUCAAGUUAAAGAAAAUUUGAAUUCUCUGCUCUGAGUAUUUAGUAACCAACACUGCAUAAAGCAGGUAGCAUUCAAACAAGAAACAAUUCUCUCUUCUUCGCUCUUCCUUCAAUUUGUAUUUGUGAUAUAAAGACUCUCCAGUCCCACGUCUGAGUCAGAACAUCAUGUUAAAAACAGUUCUGAGAUUCCGUAAGACGUUUCUAGUGACUUGUGACUAGAUUUUAUGAAAUUUACAGAUACGUUCUCCAACGUGAUGUCAUCCUGUGCCUUUCAUGUAAGUGAAAUUUGCUCAUACAGCUUAAAGGUUGUAUUUGCAAAAUUAGGCCUUCAAUUUUUAUAAAUGUAAAGAUUAGAUUCCUCAGAACAGUGUCACAAGAUCUUUUUUUCCUCUGAAGUAUGUAAAAGUUGUAUAAUGUGCUAAUUUUUUAAAAUGGCAAAAGGCAUUUGUUGUUUUUAUACUUAGGAACUCUGAGUAUCAGGAAUAUUAUAAGCUGUUUCCUUUUUAAUUUUGCUUCUUACCCAGUAUAUAAUUUUAUGCAUAUACUUUAUUAAAUAGAAUGUUUUGUAUAUAUGAAACAUAUUUUCUUUUUUCUCUUUCUAAUUUCUAGUUAAAGUAGACAAAAACAUACUAUUUACCAAUUACUAAAAAGCAGCAUAUCAUUGUUCCGAGCCCCAACCAAGUACUAUGUAUUAUUGUAAGCUAGAACUUGUUAUUACCGUAACAACAAAACCACGCAUAGAUAUUAUUACUUCAGCUUGGCUGUACUGUAAGGCCUUAAGAGAAAUCCAAAAAGACAGUGAACUCCUAAUAUUUUUUCAACUUAAAAAACGGCAGCUCUACGCAUUCAUGCACAUGCGUUAUAUGAUAAAAUACAAAUGCCGUUAUCAGGUGACAUGGGGUUUGUGUAUGUAACAGGGUCACCUUAAAGGGAAAAUCCAUUCUUUUAUUAUUACAUUAAUGAGCAUUUCCGGGGCUUUGUAAAUGAAUUCGUUUAUAAAGUUACCAAAAUGAAUCAAAUGGCAAAAUAUCUCAUGAAAGCAUUUUCAGCAGCAGUUUAUAGAAAGAGAUCUGAAUGAGGGGCUGUAGAUGUUAGUGAAAAUUUCGACCGAGGCAUUUGAUGUUGCAAGUAUCUUUUCUGGCUUUGAAGUAACUAACUGCACUGCUAACAACUGGGAUCAUCCCAAUAAUGAAAAGCGUUACCAGUCUUAUUUGCAGCUGUAACCAAGCCUAAUCCAACACAUUUUGAGACCAGCUCGGUGCUUUCUCCUUUAGUGAGGAAAAGAACUAACUAGCAGUCAUUUGUUAAAUCUUUCUUCAGACUGUGCCCAGAAUUGUGCGUGUGCGUGUUUGGCUAUAUCCCCAGGGGCUUAUCUGGUGUAACUAUCAAAUCCAGUGUGGUGUAAAAAGUAAUCAACAAUUUUUUAAAAAUUCAAGAAGGACCCUACCUCCACCCCAGCUACCAAGUCCUCAAAGAUUAUGAAGUGGGUGUGUGUGUGCCUGUGUGACACACAGGCACACACAUGCCUACACAUACAGCAUAGAAACACAUGUGCACAUAGACACACUCAAUAUGUGUGUCUAUGUGCACAUGCGUGUAUAUGUUUUUUGUAAAGGUGAAGGUGCCCUGGCUUUUUCAGAUAACUAAAUAGAAAAGCAUUUAUCAAGUUUAUGGAUUAUUUUUCUCCUCUGUAUAUUUACCAGAAAUUAUAUUUGGUUUUGGGUGCUAUUAGCUGCCAUUCUCCUCCACACACAGCAAAAUAUAUAUCUUUUUAUCCUUUGGAUUGACACAAUUUAGAGUAAUUACUCCCCCGAAUUUGUCUAUUCUUUUAGAAAAAGAUUAAAUAGGGCUCAAGAGACCACUCACUCUACUGAAUCUAAUGUAUGAGACAGUACUACUGCUCUUUUGUGUGCUUGAAUUUGCAUGAAAGCUUAAAGGCAAAAUCUUAUAUCUCAGCAAUUAAAGCAAAUAGGGGCCCACUGGUGGGCAGCAGGUGUUGCCUGAGAAACUUAAGACAACUCGCUUUCUUACUGUUCUCUUAAAAUCCCCUCAGUUUUGUAGUAAAAUGAGAUAGUCCAGAUACAACGACUGACUGCCAUUCACGGGAGCUCCUGAGCAUGGAAUUACAGGCUUUAUUUGCUUCCCAAAUGAGCUGCAAACUGUAGUUGUUUAUUACUGCCCAGGAAACAAAGUGUAUCUCGGAUCAGUAAAGAAUUUGUCUGGUGUGCUAUCAUCUUACCCUUAAGAAGUUUUCUUCUGCUGCCUUCUGUACUAUUCACAUUGUGUGAAAUCCAUUUGCAUAUUUUCUUACUAUGCAUUCAGUGAAUUCUCAAUAAUAUAUUUAGUGACAAAAAUAAUCAAAUGAAUCCAAAAAAGAAAUACCAAAGAGAAAAUAUCUAACCUACCCUUAUUAAUCUACACAUGUUUAAGUGCAGGGCCUAUAUGUUAAAUCAUUUUCUUGAUGCCAUCGUCAUUUUCAUUUUACUUAUCAAGUGAGUCAGAAGUAUAGUCAGUGACUGCAAAGUAAGACAGCAAGAGUUCAUGGAACCCAGGGUAUUCUUUACGAUGAAAAUGGAGACCUAAUGAUACCAUAGUUUUUUAAGUGGACUGUGAGAUAGACUAAUUGAAGGUAUAAAUUUUAGGUGAAACUAGAACUGUAGUCACCAACAAAAUUUUUAAGGUCUCUAUCCAGACAGGAAUAGUGAUGACGUAAAUCCACUUGCAAAAAAUUGCCGUUUGCCUAAUAGGCUAUUCUCACUGAUAGUUAUUGUAUUAUUUCACAUCAAUAAUUAUUAUUCAAUAAGUUUUCACUUUUCUUUCCUUUCACUGUCCCCGGUUCACCCAUUGCCUACAUUGGAGGUAGCCUGCAGUCUCAUCAUCACCAACUGAACUCAAUAUUGGGUCCAAGGUUGAACAUGCUACAAAGCCUUUUUUAAAGGUAUUCUACACACACACACACACACACACACACACGCAUUUGGACCAUACCCAUGGCACAUGGAUAUUCCCAGGCCAGAGAUCAGACCCAAGCCACAGCAGUGACAAUGCCAAAUCCUUGGCUGCAAGAUCACCGGGAAACGCCUACAAAGCAUUUUUUAAAAUUAACCUUAAAACAUCAUCUUUGUCCACCAAAAGGUAUAAUAAUGAUGAUGGUAACUGCUAUAAAUUACUAAGAUUUACCAUAAUAAUUUGUUAUUUCCAUUCUUACAACAGUAGUUAAGUAAAAUUAUCAACAUUUUAUAGAUGAAGAAACUGCUAGAUAGAGGUUAGGCAGACUUGUCCAAGGUCAUCCAGUAAGUGACAGCACUGGGAUUAGAAUCCACCUGUUAAUUACUCCAAAACCUAUACUGUGCAUAUUGCAGUUGCAUCCUUUCGUACUAGUUGCAAGAAAACAAGUUAGGAAAACAUUAUAUUCAUCAAUAAUCCCACCCAUUCUAAUUGAAUGGCAGAACUAGAGAAAGAGAAGGGGAAAAAAAAACAACUUGGGAAAGAAAAAUACAAGACAAAAAGAAAAGAUCAGAGAUUUUUUUUUCUUCUCAGGACACAAAUGAUACUUUUAUGUCAUACUUUGUAGAUGACUUAUCUUUUCAAAGACUUGGGGAUUCAUUUACUCUACCCGUUUAGCAAGUGCUUAUAUUCUGAAAGUGAAUUAACCAAUCUGGUCUGCUCCUUGUCCACUGUUAGAAAUCCGAGAUGUUUUAAUUGCAUGAGAUCACCUUUCUCCCUGCGAGGUGGAUGGCCUGUAUCCAUUAGCACCCAUCUUCCCAUACUAGCCUUGAGAGGAAAGACUGUCUUUCUCUGCCUUCUCAUUGCAAUUUAUAUUGCUUCUUUACCCUUUGUUAAGGUUUAACAGGAUUACAGCUAAUUUUAUUACAUGUAUCUUUCCCCUUGGUAGUACUUAAUACUCUCUUUUUAUUUUUAUGUGCCCCUUGCUUAGAGUAGGCACACUGAAUGUUGAAUUGAACUAAAUUCCCUAUCGAAUAAAUCGAUAAUACUGUUAACAUGUCUCAAUAUUUAUGAAUCUUGUAUGGAUUUAUUUCUUCAUUUCACAUAUAUUUAUAAGAGUACCUACUAUGUACUAUGUAUUUUUCCAAGUGCUGCACAUGCAGAGAUAAUGACUUGGAUAGACAGUAUUUGCCUUCAUGGAGCUUACAUUCUAAGGUGGGUGAUGUAAGUUUAGCAGAGGAGUACCAUAUGGAAUUCAGGAAAAGCUUCCUGGAGAAAAUAACCCCUGACUUGGGUCCUAGAGAACAAAUACAGAUUAGACUCUAUCAAGAAACACAUUUUCUCCAAGGGCAAAAUUUAAAACAGUGGUUCCCAAACUAUAGGGUGUUUGGGAAUUGUUUCGAGAGCUUAAUUUGUAUUUCAAAGCCCCACCUCAGAGGUUCUAUUUCAUUUGGUCUGGAGUGGAGCCCAAGAAUCUACAUUUUAUUAAGCUCCCCAGAAAUUCUGUCUGAGGUGCACUGGUAUCGAAUACUGAGCUCAUUAUGUAGAAUUCCUGGUAGCAGUGUUUCAGUGCCCACAGAUUAGACCUUGAAGUGUGAUCGUGAUAAAUAAGAGGACGAUUAAGAUGAGGAUUAGUGCCACUGAUCUUUUUUUUUUACUUGUGCUUCCUUAAAAAGAGAACUAUGUCAUGAAAAAUUUAGUGAUAGUAUGAGUUCCUGUGCAUUCUCAUUCAACAUAACUUUUUGAAAGUGUUCGAUGAUACAAUAAAUUGUAUUAUGUUAGUUUUAUGAUUCCUGAAAAUUCCUUUGGAUUAUUGUUCAAAUACUCCCUUCCAGACUCUCUUUACAAUGAUAGAUGCAAGGUAAAAAGAGAGUCUGAGGAAAUAUUUACCUAGUACAUCUCUGUCACUGUUCUAAAUGAAAUAAGACCGACCUUUAAGUAAAUGUGUGGUGGCAGCCAUCGUGCUGGCAUUUUUCAUUCUUGUAUAUAGGAAGCUUUCUUGCCUUUUAUCGUCAUCCUGAAUGGCUUUCUUGUCAUUAUAGGCAUCAGACGAACCUCAUUCCUGGAUUCUUCACUAGGAGCAGCAAUGUUUCUGUCCCCUGUGCUCUGAUCUCAAUUUCCUUGGUUGCUUUGCCUUUUCGCAGGCUCUUUUAGGUCAAAUGGCAGGUUAAUACAGCAGCCUCGAAUCAUCCUUUUUCUCUAAAAAUAAAUUCUGUGUAUAGGUUCAUCAUCUGAGUUUCUAUUUCCCCCUUAUUUAAAAUGUACUCAUACCUCCUUCUCUGGUGGAAUAUUUCACAUGGAUGUAUUUUGGAAGUAUUCUUCCCAACAAAGACCUGUGAUUAACCCACUGAAAAAUGAGGUCACUUGAAUAUUUGGAAUAACAUCCCAUGGAAUGGCUAUUUUGUGACUGCUGCUAUAUCGUUGCAUUUGGUCUGUUUAUGGCUUGAGAUCUGGUUAAUUUGAUCUGAAGGUGAAAGAGUUUGAAUUCUUGAAUUAUUAGUCCAUUAUCCAAAAUGAAUGUAAGAAUCUUGCUUUAUUCUCUCCCUAUUUAGACAAGUAUAUAUCUUGCUGAAAACGUUUCUUCUUUCUUCCUCCCUUUUCCCCAUUCCUAUUCAUAUACUUUCAUGCUAGAUUCCAUAGGUCAUCACAGCUGAAUAAUUUCUAUCAAAAAGUGAUAACGUGGAAUUCCCUGGUGGCUCAGAGGGUUAAAGGAUCUGGUGCUGUGACUGCCGUGGCUCAGGUCACUACUGUGGCGCAGGUUCAAUCCCUGGCCCAGGAAUUUCCACAUGCCAUUGGCAGAGCCCAAAAAAAAACAAAAACCAAACAAAAACCAAAAACCAAAAACAAAUAAACACAACAACCAGAAAGUGAUACCCUGGCUUUUUUCACUAAAUCACGAGGACAGGACAGUAGGGAGGACCAGAUGGGUUUUCUCAGAGACAAGAGCGCAAAGCGAGACCCUCUUUAGUCAUUAAGUCUGUUGUAUCUCAACAAACUUGAUCGUUGCUGUUGUUGUUGUAUACUUAUCUUGACUAGAAGGAUAGCAUAUUAAAGAGGUGGGGAGCAGAGAAGAAAAUUUGGUUAUCGAUCUAGCAAAUGUUUGGCAUAAUUUUAUUCUAGAAUUUCAACCUCUUAAUACAUAAAAAUUUCUAAGCAAUUAAUUAUGAGCACAAACUCACGGAUGUGGCAAUAGUUUUAUAAGAUCUUUGACAUUAUUUCAAUGUCAUCUUGACAGUCUGCAUCACAAAUUGUCCUAUUAUUUCAGGACCCUUUUUCACCCGUUUUUUGUUAUUCUCAUCACUAUUUGAUAUUUUAGUUUGCCUUUUACAUAUUCAAGACUAUUCUAAAAAGAAAAACCUAACACCUUUCUGUUUCUUCCUUUAACCUGUGAUCGCUCACCUGACAUUUAAUUGUGUUUAAAACGAAUAUCCAGCAGAUGGAAGAUAAUAGUCUAUUAUACACUGAAAAUAAACAGUUUUCUGAAAUUUGUUUAUCUAUUCAGACAUCGCAAGAAUGCUAUUUCCGUAAGUCUAAGCAGUUAAUAUUAAAUAUGACUAUCGUGUUUAAUGACAAAAUGGGGUUUUCCCUUAUCCCUGCCUUUCCCUGCCUUUCUCAUCUCUCCUGCCUUUCACAUCUGGUCGAAGGCUGGGAAGCUCUUACCACACUGCAUUCGUCAGCUUCUGAGUGGGCUCACCUCCUCCAGAUGGCAUUGUUUUCAAUAACAGCCGAACUUUGUAUACCCUCAGGGUCGGUCCUCACCAGUGAUUCCUGUCCAUAACCCCAUUAAUGUUGAGAGAAGUAAUACAGAGGCACCGAGAGAAGACCCCUGUCUUCUAAGCCCUCUUCGAGCCCUGGUACAGGAUGACACCAUUAACACCGAAAGAGUUCAGUCGUGAUGGUGUAGAAGCCAGGUGCUUGCAAAUGAGAUUUUAGGUCAUUAUGUCCUAAAUUCUCUCCUUUUGGUCUUCUCCCUUCCUCCCCCCAACCCCAAGAGUGCACCUUCUUUUUAUUAUAAAUUUUGUCAGAAAGCCUUUUAAAAAGUUCCUGGUUUUAAAAAUGUGAAAUGUUGACUUAACUGGGCAAUUUCGUAAAAAAGGAAAACGUAAGCAGAUAGAAUCAUGGGAAGCUGGGGAGGGGCUUGCUUCUGUUUGGAGCCAAAUCUCUUUGCUUCAAUAUUGAGAAUAUUUACAGCAUUCUGUAAUUAGGUCACAUUUGUUUUGUGAGGAGAGAUGAGGGUAGCUUUUAGAUAUGAAUUGGCUCUCUUAGUAUUGAAGUAUAUUUAAACAGUUCUUUAAAACACAGCCAGGAAAUCAUGGUGACGUUUACAAUAGCAUUUUGAAAUUAUAACUACUACUUUAAAUUUACUAAGAGAAAAUUUCCGGUAGUAGCUUGCAUUACAGAGUUAAUUUAUAAUGUCUCUACAUAAUUUUAUUGAGAAGACUUUUAUUUUUGUGGUGAAAAUAAUAUAGUGGCAACAGUUUUGAGGAAUCUUUAAAGCUGUCAUAGAGGGGAGAGCCAAACUUUGGCUGGAUUUUUACUAGACUUUUAAAGUAAGAAAAUGUAUCAAUAUUACCUUUCAGUUCAAUUGGUCUUGAUGAAGAAUGAUUAUUUGAGUUUAAGGGUCUUGAUAAAUGUUGGCAUCUGUUGUUUUUCUGAAACUCAUGAUGUUCAUCAGAGCGCAAUAUUCUUGCAUUGUGUUUUUUCUCUCAAAAUAAUGUAAUUUUUAUGAAAAACUCAAUUAGUGGAAUAUUUGAUGCAGUAUCCCCUUAUUUUGCUUCUUUCCUUCUUCCUUCCUAUUAUUUUUUUGAGGCAAGAAGCUUCCUUAAUAGUAUAGUUUCUACAGAGCUUUCUUACUUAUUUUUCUAGUAAUGGAUUUAAUGCUGUAAUGAUGUUUAAAUGCUCUGUGAGCAAAACUGUUAAACAACCUGAAGAAAUGCACUGCUGACUGACACUUCCUUUGGUCUUAAAUUGUCUCCUGCAUCUUUUCUAGUGACUCUCCGCUAUUAAUGGAUCUUAUUAAGAUAGUGUCUGUAUAGUUAGCAACAGUGUUGUAUUACUGUCACAUAUUAAGUUGCACUUUUGAUCAAAACUAUAAACAGAUGCGUGUGUAAAACAACCCAUUUUAUAGAAUGAGCAUAUGUCUAACCAUUUUCAUGGAAUUGGAAACGUGCUAUAUGUUGCAUUUUAUUCUCAUAUCGACUUUUCUACUCUCUCUACACCGGUUGUCUCGGUGCCUUUUUUCCUUUUGUAUAACUGUAUCACGUAAAGAAAUUGCUGACCUCUGUGUAAACAACGUAAAAACUGUUAAAAUCAUUAAUUCAAGGAGAUUUUAAUGGCAGUUUAAUUUUCCAGAGAAUAAAUUUUUGUGUGGGUUCCAAGUUACUUUUUUUCACUUUUCUGUAAGAAAUCUCUUCACGUUUCAGUACUCCCUCGGAGUGGGUAAGCAUCUGACGUCUCUGAUGAUGAUACACAAAAAUCAGCCAGAAUUCUUAUCAUUGACAAAUAAGUGUUAAUGUGACAAUUACACAAAAUAAAAUAAUGUUGGUUGCAUAAGCAGCUAUCAAGUGGAUAUAUAUGGAAAUGUUAUCAAGCUCUUGAGUUUGAAAAGAAUCUUGUUUAAAAGGUGCUAUAGAAUAUUACUAUCAAAAUGUUUGGGAUAUAUUAUUUCCUUUACUUCUAAGUCAAAUCUGGCAUCCAAAGAAAAUGGGCUAGAGGCAAACAUUUUAAAAUAAUCUCCUUUAAAGUUUAUAAAUCAAGAAUGAAACUAAGUAGCUUUAAGAUGAUGACAAUAACAACACCUUUAGCUGGAAUAUGUGUAUAUAUACACUGCUACCUAGCUCGCUCUUUCAUUUAAUGUGAACUUGUCAUAAUUCGUAUCAGUAUUGUCAUUCUAUUUAGCAAAAUCAUUUUCUAUUUGGCAAUAGUAGUUUGUUGAUUUCUAAUUCUUUUUUGUUAGGUAGUUAUUGCAUUGUUUCUCAAAGACCUUGAAUUUAGAUAUUUUUCAUAUUUCAUUCCCUUGUCCAUUUUAUUUCCAGCAACAAACAUAAGAACAGACUUAACAAGUACUAUUUUCCAUAUUCAAAAUAAUUUAAACUUUUGGUGCUCUAAAAUUGACAGAAAUUAAAGUUACUACAUUAUCUAAUUUCUGAUUGUCUUUGAAUCCUUAAUUCCAUAAAUUAAUCAGAAGCCUUUUUAGUCAAUUUUUUAAAGAGUAGAACAUCAAUGCCCAGAUGAUCUGUUUAGUUUGGUUUUUUUUUUAAUAAGAAUCAUCUCUACUUAAACACAAGGGAAACAUGAAACACUUCUGCUUAAGAUAAAUCUGCUCCUAAUUUGAUAUUCAACUAUUUAGGAAUUUGUAUCCCUUCCCAACACUUGCUGCUGAAUCCCCCCAACCCCAAUAUGUUGAGCUUCCAGUUUUAAGAUUUAAGGUUGAAGAAGGAAAAAUAGUAGACUUGCUUAUAAUUUUACUCCAAAAAAGUCAUAUUCAUUUGAGUCAUGACUCAACUGUCGAAGAAUGACAAUGGUAAACGAUCAAUUGGAAAACUGAUAUAAAGUGAAAUUCCAGCAGAAAAUAGGCAUAUUUGCAUUAUAACUAGCAAAUCAAUAAAUUACCUUUUUUUAUUGUUAGAGAGGGAUUUAGGUUAUCAUACCUCGUUAUAUACUUAAGAUUAUGGUUUAAUUGCAAAUUGAUCGUAACUACUUUGAUCUCCAAUAUUAUGCAAAGUUAUAUUUAAGUCAGAUUUUUCUUACCAUAUUAUGAAAAUAUUCAUGUUUUUUCCCAUUUGCAAAUAAAGUUAUUCCCAAUUCAAAAAUAAAAGGUCUCGGUAGGAGUUCCCUGGUGGC